AUGGAUUCUUCAGACGAAGAUGACUUUCGACCACGCAACAUUGCCGAGUUGAAUAGAAUGGGUUGGGCUAGGGUGACUUUUAUAGACACCGACAGCCGAGUCGUAAGGCAGAUGCUGAAGCUACUUUUCAACGAUUUUUACAUCAAGCGCAUCUCCAUCGCACAUCCCCCAGCCGACAACAUCUACACGCCGUUGCCAAUGACGCCCGAGCAGCUCGAAUGGUUAGAAAACUGGAAAGCAUGGGAGAUCUCUCCCAGUGAGCCGCCACCAUGGCCGGAGACAAAGCUUGAAGAGUUCAGCGACUACGGCGGGCGCAGGCAAGCUUCGCAUUGUGGAAAGAGGAGCAUUUUUGGGAGUCUCUUUGAUUUCGUAACCAACAGGAAGUCAGCAAGCGCCAAAUGA